CGGAUGUCUUUUCUUUUAGACAUUCUUCCAAUUAUUAUUAUACCAAAGAUUCUACGUUAGAAUCUAAGGCACUUGUAGACUCAUCAAAUAAAUAAAUUUUUGAAUUUCUCAACAACGCCCUGGAAAUAGCAAUCCUUUAUUUUUGACCCCCUGAAAUUAGACUCCCUUUGGUACCAACCUUUUUAUUAAAUCCUGAAUUAGUUUGAUCCUCACAUUGUUCAUCCAUAAUGAAUUCAU